GUUUCCAGCCGGGCCCUUUUCCCAGCCGGGCCCAAGCAUGGCUGCCCCCAGGACUGCGGGUUGGGAAGCUGCCGUGCUCGCGCUUUCCUGACAGUCCCUGGCUGCUGUGGUCUCCUUCUCUUCCCCAGGCCCCUCCAGCAGACAUGUUUGCCAAGGCCUUUCGGGUCAAGUCCAACACGGCCAUCAAGGGGUCGGAGAGGAGGAAGCUUCGGGCCGAUGUGACAGCUGUUUUCCCCACUCUUGGAACGGAUCAGGUCUCUGAGGUAGUACCUGGAAAGGAAGAACUCAACAUUGUGAAGUUGUAUGCUCACAGAGGGGAUGCAGUGACUGUGUACGUGAGUGGUGGUAACCCCAUCCUAUUUGAACUGGAGAAAAAUCUAUAUCCGACAGUGUACACCCUGUGGUCUUAUCCUGAUCUUCUAGCAACAUUUACAACAUGGCCCCUGGUGCUUGAAAAACUGGUGGGGGGAGCAGAUUUGAUGCUGCCAGGGCUAGUGGUGCCCCCUGCUGGUCUGCCUCAGGUACAGAAGGGUGACCUCUGUGCCAUUGCCUUGGUGGGGAACAGAGCCCCCGUUGCCAUCGGAGUUGCUGCCAUGUCCACAGCCGAGAUGCUGACCUCAGGUCUGAAGGGAAGGGGCUUUUCUGUGCUCCACACCUACCAGGACCACUUGUGUUCCACGUUUAGGAUCUCCUCCUCAUUACGGAACUUGCGCUUUCUCACUGUGACGGUUGCUCUCUGGAUCUGUAUGCGAUCUGGAGACAAGUCCUCUCCACCAUCCAUUGCUCCACUGGCCCUGGAUCCCCCAGAUCUCAGUGAAGAGAAGGGGUCUGUCCAGGCAGACACCACCUUGCAGGGAGACAUGAGGCGCCUGACCCUGGAGGGAGAGGAGGAGGAGGGGGAGGUUCAGCAGAGGUGUGGGGAGAAGUCCCCGUCGGAAGCUACAGAAGACCCCAGUGUCGGGGGCCUGAGCCCAGAGCUCACGGACAGCAAGACCCUUCAAGAGCAAAUGGACGAACUGUUGCAGAGAUGCUUCUUGCGUGCUUUGAAGUACCGCGUCAAAAAGGCUGACCUCCCUUUACUCACCAGCACUCUCCUGGGCAGCCACAUGUUCUCCUGCUGCCCCGAAGGACGACAACUGGACAUAAAGAAGUCAAGCUACAAAAAGCUCUCUAAGUUCCUGCAGCACAUGCAGCAGGAGCAGAUUAUACAGGUGCAGGAGCUGAGCAAAGGGGUGGAGAGCAUUGUGGCUGUGGACUGGAAGCACCCGAGGAUCACAUCUCUCGUCAUACCCGAGCCCUCCCCGACCUCCCAGACAAUCCAGGAGGGUAGCAGGGAACAGCCCUAUCACCCUCCAGAUAUAAAAUCCCUCUACUGUGUCCCAGCCAGCAUGACCCUGCUCUUCCAGGAGUCUGGCCACAAGAAGGGGAGCAUCCUCGAGGGCAGUGAGGUCCGAACAAUCGUCAUCAACUACGCCAAGAAAAAUGACCUGGUUGAUGCAGACAACAAAAAUCUUGUGAAAUUGGAUCCCAUCCUAUGUGACUGCAUCUUAGAGAAAGGUGAACAGCACACAGUCAUGAAGCUUCCAUGGGACAGUCUCCUGAACAGAUGUUUGGAAAAACUGCAGCCUGCCUAUCAAGUGACCUUUCCGGGACAGGAGCCCAUUGUGAAGAAAGGCAAAAUCUGCCCAAUUGAAAUCACCCUAGCACAGAGAGCUUCUAACAAAAAGGUGACUGUGGUCCGGAACUUGGAGGCCUAUGGUCUGGACCCAUGCUCAGUGGCUACCAUCCUCCAGCAGCGAUGCCAGGCUAGCACUACUGUCACUCCUGCCCCUGGGACCAAGGACAUCCUGCAGGUUCAGAUCCAGGGAAAUCAGAUCCACCACCUCGGCCGGCUGUUGCUUGAAGAGUAUCGGCUUCCUCGAAAACACAUCCAGGGCCUGGAAAAGGCCCCCAAACCUGGCAAGAAGAAGUGACAGACUCUUGUUUCAUGUGGUUGAUCCAGAGGAAAUCCAAGCUGUGGGCUGGUAAUUUAUAUGAGUAUUUUCUGCUUUUGCAAAUUAAAAAAAUAUAUAAUUCUUUACCAAAAUAAAUUUUUAUUCUAAUCUAAA